CGCUCCAAAUCUUCAUCAUUCUUCUCCAAGUGCUCCACAUUGUGAGAACAAAGGCCUAAUCUUUUUUUCAAUGUAGGAUAUAUUUCAAUACCUUCAAUUCAUUCAUGGGGGGCAACAAAUGUUAAAUAUUAAUAUAAAUAUACAGAAAUAUCCUGUAGGUUUUUAGAAACCAGACUUCCCAGCAGCAAUGCAGGGUGUAAAUAAAUAUUUAAAAAAAGGAAUAUACCGAGGAAUUAAACGCCACCCUUUGUCAAAAAUGGAUUGGUGAGGUAGAGGAAGAGCAAUCACGUGAACAAAUAUGCUUGCAUCUUGCAGGGCAGUGCCUUUAUUUGUCAUCAUAAAGCCUCCCCCCCCUCCCUUAAAGCCAAAUAUUCUACUGUUUAGCUCCCAAAUCUGCACAGGCCUACACUUAAAUUCCUGCUAUUUCAUUUGGUGAUUGAUUGCCAGACGUUUUUUUUUCUUCCUCCUCUCCGUGCAGAAAUAAGGAUACCCAAUGUUGGCUUUUUAUUGGUAGCUGAGUCCUUCCACUCUUCCGGGAAUACUACAUCCACUGGUGUAUGGAAAUGUCUGAAAAAGAGCAAGAUCAGGUUUAGGACAGCAUCGUCUCCCACACAAAAGGAUUUAUUCCACAAGCUGCAAGAGUGACCUGUUAUAGCUUUUUUUUUUAAAUUAAUGAUGAAUUGACGCACAGGUGGAGCUGCGAGCAGUGAUGAAUGCGUGAAGAACAGAACACCCAUUUGCGCAAAUUUUGGUGACAGACUGGAGCAAAGGUGGGGGAGGCCAAUUACGUGAUAAAGCUGCCACUAUACCCAUGCCAUUGGAGCUACAUUCCCUGCUUUAUUGUCUUUGAGUGAACAACUACAAUGCAGAAAGCAACAUACUACGAUAACUCUGCACUGUUUGGGGGCUACAGUUACCCCAAAGCUGACUCGUACAACUACGCUCACCAGUCGUACCCUCCAGCCAACAUUGAGGGGGACUACCAGGGCCCUGUGUGCCCUAUUCAGACCCCUGCAGUCCGGCCACCGACCCUGAAAGAAAGUGACUUAAACGGGGAUUGCAUGCGGCAGAGCAGCAGCAGCGGCAGCCAAAGCAACACCAACAGCAACAGCAGCAGUGUGGGGGAACAGCAGCCCGGGGCUCCACUGCCACCCUCACCCGGCUCCAACGGCUCUGCACCGCAGAAAAAGAAGUCUUCCCCGGGUGGUAGCAACGCUACACCCGCACUGACCAAGCAGAUAUUCCCCUGGAUGAAGGAGACACGGCAGAAUGCCAACAAGAAGAGCAAUAACUGCCCCGCUGCAGGCGAGGUGAGCGAUGAAAAGAGCCCGUCCGGACCGGCCUCCAAGCGGGUGAGAACCGCGUACACCAGCGCGCAGCUGGUGGAGCUGGAGAAGGAGUUCCACUUCAAUCGCUACCUUUGCCGCCCACGCAGGGUGGAGAUGGCAAACCUGCUGAACCUCACCGAGCGUCAGAUCAAGAUCUGGUUCCAGAACAGAAGAAUGAAGUACAAAAAGGACCAGAAGUCCAAAGGGCUGGCGCACUCGCCUCUCGGGCACUCCCCGGACAGAAGCCCGCCGCUGAGCGGCCCAAAUCACAUUGGAUACUCGGGCCAGCUCCAGAACACUUUGGCCUAUGACGCGCCCUCGCCUCCGCCCUUCGCCAAGCCCCAGCAGAACAUGUACGGCCUGGCCGCCUACACGGCCCCGCUGGGCGGCUGCAUGCCCCAGCAAAAGCGCUACCAGAGCGCCGAGUACGAGCACCACGGCAUGCAGAGCGGCGGCACCUUCGCCGGCGCCAACUUGCAAGGCAGCCCAGUCUACGUGGGCGGGAACUUUGUGGAUUCCAUGCCAGCCUCGGGCCCCGUCUUCAACCUGGGCCACCUUCCCCACCCCUCGUCCACCAGCGUGGACUACAGCUGCGCAGCCCAGAUCCCGGGGAACCACCACCACGGACCCUGUGACCCCCACCCCACCUACACGGACCUCACCUCUCACCAAGCCACUCAGGGAAGGAUUCAGGAAGCGCCUAAACUCACGCACUUGUAAUAGAGGUGUCUCCUAGCGCGCGCGCGCAUGUGUGUAUGUAUGUGUGUGUGUGUGUGCGUGUAUGCCAAUAUUAUGUUAUUACCUCAUUAGUCGAAUAACUCCCACGCAGCGAGUCACGUGCAUUAUGAUUAUUACGAUGACAGUAUUAAUGAGUAUUAUUGUGUAUUUUUUCUAAAGAAUACAGCCUCUCCCAUGUUCUUGGAUAUUUGGGGAUGUUCCUCCUCUUUCUUCUUUUUGAUAGACAAGUGCAAUGCGCAUUUUGGACUGAAUAUUUGACUUGAAAGUAAGGCUUGUAGAUGAUGAACGUAGAAACUCAUAGUGAGAAGGACUUUUUGGAGUCCCAUUUUUUUUGUCUCCUCAUCCUAAAUCAUGGUAUUUAUUUCUUCUCAUGCGUUUUUUUUGGCUCUUCUAUCUAUUUAUUAUUCAACGAUUGCACAUUAUUUAUCGUUUCAAAGCGAGUAUUUAUACGUGUGUUUGUUUUCUUGUAAGAUUGGACAGAUCAGUGCACUUGAUGGCGAAACAGGGUUUGAAAAAUUGAUUUGUAAUUGUAAAUGAGGGUUGGGGGGGAUAAAUGGGGCAUUUUAUAGUGUAUAAGCACCACUAUGUGUCCAUGGUUAAUCUUGUGUGCAAAUCGUAGACUAUCGAAGUAUCAAAUAUUGUACACACCAGCAUGUCAUUUUGUGUAUUCCAUUCCUUUUUUUUUUUAUUUCUUUCCCAUCGUUAUUCCACCCCAUGGAAGUCCACCUUAAUUAUAUUGAAAUGUUCUAUUUUAUUGUGUUGAGCAUUUUGUAAAUAAAGUGGUCAAACUUUA